AUGGGAAUCAGUAAUGAGUUCGCCAUUGAAGGCAAGGUGACAGAGAGCCAGGGAUGGUAUUGUUUGCUGCUGCAACAGGCCUGCAGCUGGUACCUUCAUCCGAUCAAAGUGGUGGUCCCCUGUUCUGCAAUUCUUUUGCCGUGCGGGAAGUCCCGGAUACUGCAGCGAGAUACUUUGCAGGAGGCCUUGCUAUCGGGCAUCAAGCGGAAAACGAUAUGCGUGGAGGAGGAUAAGAGUGAUCUCCAGCUGACAUGCUAUGGCCUUGAUGGCAACUUCGGUUACCUGUCAAGGGAGGUGAGGGGCCUGCUCAAGAACAUACUCGUAACCAGGCCGGAUCCCCUUAAAGGUGCGGGAAGCGGAGUGGAUCAAGCAAAUGCUGCCGUUUCAGUGCGAGGCAGACUUCGUCGUGUCUCCGGCGGCAGGCAUGAGUCUAUGCUCAUGGAUUACUCGUUCGCUGCUUACGCUUUGCUCUCUGUGCUGUUACUUUGGCUUGAUUUUGGAUCUACUCACGGAAGAGAAGCUACCAGGGAUGUUCCGGACGACAAAAGAGCAAUCUUGGCAUGCCUUGUGUCAAGCGUGUACUCACUCCAGCACGACAGAGCGAAAAACUACACAGGAACUCCGCAAGCUCUCGCUCCUCCCUGGUGGACGUCCUUCAACUACGAGCUCCUCGACGUGAUCCUCGGCAAUGACAAGCUCCGGAUCAACGGCGCAGUGUUCGUGUGGAACUACAAAAACCACUGGAAGCCUGCCAGAGCUCCGAUGGUGGUCCUGGCGCUCAGAGGCACGGACAGCGUAACCAGCGACUACAUCGUCGACUUCAAGAUCGCCAACCAGGAGCUUUACAAGACAGGCAGGUUCACAGCCGCGUACAACGCUCUCCGAAACGCCGUCGCAUGGCAUGGCAAGGACAACGCAUCGCAUGGCCAGUUCGUCGAGGCUCAUCUCUUCAAUCCGCCAUUCUCGUCCUCGACCGCUCCAUACAAGUCACUCUUCGGUGCUGAGACUUACAGCAAUCUCCAAGAGGUUUACACCGUUGCAAAGGCCGGGCUCGUCAACUUACUGGUGGAUGCCGCAAAGAGAAGGGAGUCCGAGGCAGAGUUUGCGGCACUUGGAAGCUGGUACCCGGACAUGUAUGUUCAUCCCAGUGAUCCGGUAUGCUCGGGCUUUCUCGAGCACUUCAAGAACUAUCAGUAUAUGCUACAGGGGAAGUACGCGAGAUUGGCGAUGCCUCACGAAUCCAUCCGGGGCGUGCUCUGCUCCUCCAAAGCGAAGCCGCAUCACCUCAUCCCCUCGGCAAGGCUUCACGUCCCAGCGGAUGAAGGCAAAGCUGCGAGUGCUCGAGACGCUCAUUCUCUUACACAGUGGUGGUCGGAUGGAGCAGUCGUUCAGGUGCAAUUUGUCAACUUGACAGGUCAAGAACACUUGGAUCAUCCGCUGCAAAUCCCGUUUGGGGGGAUAAGCUAUGAACCUAUGGUGUAG